CUGCAGAAAGAAAGAAAAAAUGUAUUGUUUAUCCAUGUUCAAGGGUGGACUAGGAAUUGACAACUACUCAUGAUCAUAUACAUUAUAAAAGUGGGCUUUGAACAGUCAAGAGAAUGUAAAAACCUGUCUUUAUGAGCUGCUCUUUGGGUUUAUACAAGUGUUUUAGAGUGACUUCUUCCUCUUGCGUUUACAGCCAGACGGCAAUUUGCCUAAAUUAGGAUCCCGAUCUUCUUUAUUGCCUAGGUUGGGUAAAGCAUGUUAAAUAGUUUGACCACGUUAAUCCAGUGGCACUAACUUAUUUAUUUGUGUUAAUGAAAUCACUGUUAAUAAUUUACAAGUGUUAGUGAAGCGUCUUUAAUUAUCUGUUCUGUAAGACUCCCUCUCUACUGGUGUAUCUUCUUUCUCUCUCUCCGUCUGUCUGUCGGUCUGUCUGUCUGUCUCUUACUUUGUUAAAGUCUCUCUUUCCUUUCCUCCCUAUGUCCUUUUUCUAUUGAUGUGGCUUUGAAUUGUACAAUGUGCAUAAAUGAGCAUAUAUUUCCCUUGUCAUUAUGUUUAUGUAUUUUUAUAAACAUGUGCCAUAUAUAAGUUUGUGUGUGCAUAUAAAUGCACGCCGUGCUUUAGUAAAGUGAUCCCCAGACUAUGAAUAAUAAAUGCUGAGAGGCCCAGCCCCUCUCUGUCGCUGUCCUCUCCGUUUUCAUUUGCUUUCUUUCACAGAUCAUGUGACCAUGCUGAGCACAGUAAUUAUUCAUGAGCUCGGCGCUGCACCGCAGGACCUGCGCGAGAGAGCCUCUGGCUCCGAGCUGAGGCCCUGCUCCAGCUGCAUCCAGGGGCCCAUUGACCGGCGCGGGUCAGACGGUGACACCUUACACCGCAGACGGCGAGGAAACACUCACCUUCACCCUGCCACACUCCAGAUAAAUAAAAGAUGCCCACAAAAGAGAAAAAAACGAAAGAAACCAAAGAAAGUGAUGACGAAGGAGAGGAGAAGGAGCCAACGGUGACAGGAAAGAGUAAGAGGGACUCAAAAACGAGACAGAAGAGCUCCGAGAACAAGACAGAAAGCACUGAGACACCUACAGAGAAGAGAAAAAAGAGCGAAUCUGUGAAAGAGAAAAAGAAAAAGAAGAAAAAGGAAGAUGUUGAGGUGACAGAGAAUGACAACGGGACGGAUGAGCAGAACAACAAUGAGCCCAUCAGCAAAGAAAAACACACCUCAAAUGAGAAACGGGAGGUAAGGAAAGAGAAGAAAAAGAAGAGUAAACCAUCCGUAAGAGAAGAAGGACAAGAAGACAUGGGGUCCAAGGAGAAAAAGAGCAAAGACGGCAAGAAAAAGAAGAAGUCGGCAGAAGAAGAGGAGGAUGAGGAUGCUGUGCAGGAGGAAGCAGAGGAAGAAGAGGAUAAGAAGAAGAAGAAAAAGGAUAAAAAGAAAAAGAAGGGCUCCGACAGCGACGAGGAAAAGAAAGCGAAGAAAGGGAAGAAGUCAAAGGUCAAACAGGUGGAUUAUGCUGAGGUCUAUCAGGAAGAGCUGCUGAACUAUCAUACGGAGGAAUCAGAUGAUCAAGAAGAUGAAUUCAACAAAAAGAAAGUGUACGAGGUGGUGACAGUCACAGGGGAUGUUAAAGGAGCUGGGACUGAUGCUAAUGUGUUCGUCACCUUGUUUGGAGAGUUUGGAGUGACUCCCAAAGUUCACCUGGCCAGCAAGUAA